UGAGCAGUUAGAAAAAGAAAAAUGCCAGCCACACAUGAAACUACCAGAUCAGACGUGGCCUACGCAGGGCGUGUCUUACUUCACAUUAACAACACCAAAUACACACACAACAAAAGUGAAGUCGCCCCCGCCGGCAGACUACGAGCCCAUUACCCCUAAGAGUGAAUCUCAUGUUGAGUCUGACAAUGAUGACGUCAAAUCAACAACAAGCAAGAGAAGACGGCAUGACAGUGAAGACUCCGAUGAGACUUACUCGCCUUACUCCGAAGAACCAACCAGAAAAUACAAAAGAAGAAAACCAAGUGUCCCCAUCAAGGACAUGAUUCUUGCAUUAGAAGGUCAACCAAAGGCGCGAAGAGGAAGGCCUCCUAAAAGAAGGGAGAGCACAGUGUCCUCGGUGUGUAGUGUAGAUGAAAACUCUUCAUCUAUCUCUACACAGGAAGUUAAAUAUAGAGAGCUAAGAGAUAAGAAUAAUGAAGCAUCCAAAAGGUCGCGAAUGAACAGGAAACUCAAGGAGCUACAGAUGGAACAGUUAGCUGACGAAUUGGAAGAAAAAAAUAAGAAGUUAAGAGUUAGAGCUGAUAUUUUAGAGGAAAUGACAAAGAGGCUGAAAAAUGAAUUGAUGUCUGCUAUUCUGAAAAGCAAAUGAGAACACAUCAUGACAGUUUCUGUGUUCGAAAACUAACAGCGACUUGAGUUUCUUGUCUCAUUGUUCGUAAGAUCUGUACUCAUAGACUUUUGUUUCACUUGUAAAAAUUGUAUUCAAUGAAAAGGUACAAUGUAACAAAAUAGGUCUAUUAACUUAUUGUCUAUGAUUAUAGAUACUAAGAUCUUGCUAUGCAUGCUGGAUGUUAUUGUUUUUUAAGUAUAAUUAAGAGCGUGUAUUUUAAAAUUCUUCAGUUGAAUUAGUUGUAAUCUAUGGUCUAUAAAACAUAAUAUGAAUGUUAAAAAAAAAUAAAAAAACAUUAAAA